AUGCUAGGUAUUGAGAAUUCUGCGCCCUUCUCUGGCGUCCUGCGGCUCCCUGCCUUCGGCCUCAGUGUGCCGCGAAAGAGAUUAUUAAUCAGAGACGUUCUUUUUGUAUGUGUUUCAAAAGAAGGGCGUUUGGCUUAUGAAUACCUAAAGGGACAUUUACAAUGGGUACAUUCUAUAGGGACUCGGCCUCCAUAUGGUAAUGCGGGGCGGGGGGUUGGGGGAGGCGCAGAAGGGAGGGGAGGGGAGGAUGGGGGUGAGGGCGGGGUGGGAGGGGGCUCCGGCACUGCGCGCUCGGCUGCCGGGCUGGGACAGAGCACCCGGACCCGCGGCGGCAGCGGCAGCGGCAGCGACGCUACCCACCCUCUUCCCCAACACCCACCUAGCCAGCGAGUCACCGAGCCACGGGCCCUCGGGCCGGCGCCUCUGUUCCUGCCCAGCUGGAUUUGGGGGGCAGCAUUGCCUGGCGCAGGGAGAUCAAAUGAGACUGCAAAGAAGCAUAAAAUGAAUAGACAAUCCAACCAACCAAAGGAAAUUGCUUUGGAGAUGAGGAAACAAACUUACGGAGACCUAAGAGACUGAAGACAUCUGGCUUGGACUACUCUGAUGGUAAAAUUGAAAGUACACCUAAAUUUGCUUUGUUACAGUAUUCUCUUCAGAGGACAAGAGAAGAUGUUACAUUCUCUGCAUGAGGACAAUUCUGCAGCAUCAAAAUCGAAUAAUAUUUGUUUUCUGGCAGCAGAAUUUUGUAUCAUAUUUCUAAAGACAGUAAGCACUUGGGUGGACGUCAAUGAAUACUAAACACUAAUUGAUCUGAUACAGCCGUAUGCACAUACACAGAUAUACACAGUGGCUUGUAAUGGUUGAAAAAUUACAGUUUGGUUCUAUUAAAAGAUCUGUCACUUUUAGGUCAGAGUGGGAUUUUGGAGGGAGAGUCUCCCACAAUAGAAAACUAUCCUGACAACAGUAGUGUUUUGAGGUUGUUUGUUGUUUGGCUUGUUGAUGAUGCUUAGCUAAGGAGACACUUCCUUUCAGAUUCUGUCUUCCAAACCCCAGGGCUCUGUUCUGGGCAGUUCAGCCUAAUGGAAUUAAGCCUGACAUGUUUCAACUCUAUUUCUUGAUAAAAUAAACAUAAAACAAUGGUUUAGAUUUCGAAUAAAACUCUUGAAGCAUGGGGGACUCUAACUUUCCCUGUUCCAUACACAUCUGUAAAUAAAGUGCAUAAAAGAGGAACACAACAGGAUAAAUCAACAUAAAUUUGAAAUCCACUGCAGCAUAUUAAAUGGCGCAGUCUCAGUCAAAGAGAGGCUGACCCCGAGGCUUCGUGCAGUUUGAAGCUAAUUGUUUUCGUCAGGAUGGGAACGUCUGGAAGUCCAUGGCUGUAUCCCACCAGUAAGGCUCCAGUAACUGAGCCGGCCCACAGAGAAUGGGCCCACUUUGUAGCGACACAGCGGGCUCAGACACCACCUAUUCUGCUCUCCAAACUGUCAUGCAUAACAACUUUAUUGUGCUAAAUUGAACUUGAAAGCAACCAAAGGCUAUGAGAAGGAGAGGCUAUGAGAAAAGCGUGCUGUCAGCGCUGGCAAAGGCUGACCUGGAAAGUAGGCUCAGAGACAGGGGAAUAAAAGACCAGGCCCCAUGAACACAGCAUAUUGUUUCAUUUUAAAGUAUGAUUCCCAUACCAGAGAAAGUAGCAAAUGUGAUGUAAAUUUAUUUAAAUAGAUUCGACCGCUUAAAAGUUUGCCAGCCGCUCUUAUCCAACUUUCCCAGCUCUCUGAUUCGUUACUUACAGUGGGAAUAUAAUGACAUAUAGUCAUCAUUGUAACAGCUUCUUUGCAGGGGUACAAUGAUGAUUAAUAGCCAGCAGCAAAUUUUCACAUGGGCUCCGAAGCACUAUGGCAUUAAGCAGCCAAACAGUCCCAAAUCCCCCUUUUCUGUUCCGCUGAAAAGUCCCCUCCUUGUACCUUCCAGAUAGGAACAAAGCCUAUCUUAAUUCCAAUCAGCUUUUCGUCAUUCAAAGGGACCUUCUCUUUUUCAUAAUUGAUUCAUGUGCAUUUUUUAGUGUUCCACUGAACUGAAGCCACUUUUCUCCUUUCCUCUGUUCUGUCCCCACACCCACACCCCCUUUUUUUUGAGGGGUGAGGAGUGGGAAACAUUUCAACAACAACAACAACAACAGUAAAAAAUGGUGUGGUAGUUUCCUCCCCAAAUAUUUGCUAAAUAGAUUUCUCAAUUAGUAUUAGCUUUACACUUAAAAGACUUAAAACAAAAAUUAACUCCUGGACUUCUUUUUUGUUGGAAGUGGUUUUGGUUAUAAAAAUAUGAGCUUACUGAAAUAGCUCUGGUGGCAGCCCCACAAUCAUGUUCUGUUUCACUGGGAGAGUGAGUAGCUUUCCUUCCCACCAGAGACUCACAGCUGGAGUGAGGAUGGAGUCUUGCUUCAGACAGAUUCUUUUUCCUCCUCUGUGCUGGUAGCCAUCAAAAAAGGAACAAGUGACCAAAAUGAAAGGCAGCAAAUGCACACCUCCUAACCCACUCUGUCCUUCUUAAGUAUCAUUUUUCCCCAUAGUAAUCUUACAUUAUAAUUAUUAGCAGAAGCUCCUGUGCUAUUUGUGGAAGUGCUCUCUCUCAUCUAUAGUUUUCACCUCCUGUGAUAACGACACGAACGACAUCAACCAGUGCUGUCUUGGAAAAAGAUUUCCACCCGCAAAUUCAUUUGUGUUUCUAUGACAAUAUAAUGGCCAUAGAGCACAGUUUUAGUAGAUGUACUUUGCAUAUUUGUUCACAUUGCUUACAAAUCUGACCUCAUUUUUCUAUAUGAGUAGGGUGACCACACACCCCUGUUUUCUCAGGACAAGCUUUAUUUUUGCCCAUUGUCCUUACAUAAUUAUUAACAGUACUUCCUUUCACCCUCAAAAGUAUCCUGAUUUGAACAAUUUGAAAAACUCAUGCCUUUUUGCCAUUAAAAUGGCCCCAAAUGACUUAUACAAACCCAAAGGGUGGGCUGUCUCCUACCCAGGUGGCUGGGGACUGCUUUAUACCAUCCCAGUUUAGGGGAAAGAAUCAAACUUGGAAACCCUGCUGCCGAUGUAGCAGCACCGACUUUUGUCUCGCCCACUUUGAAGAGGUCAGUUGACCCUAUACAGCUUCUUUGAUAUGAGACAGAAAGGAGGUCAUUUGCUGGAAUGAAAGACACAUUACAAACCAGAUUUUAAGUGUGACUCUUUCCUUCAGCUGGGUCACAGUUCUUACUUUGAGCCAGAGCAGCACACUUUACUGGUCAGAUAAAAAUACUCUGCCAUAUUUUAGAAUAAUGACCUUUCUUAUGCUUUGGUGUCUCCAAAUGGUUAAAUGAAGAAUAUAUCCAAUUGACAGGAGGAAUUCUGUUCAUCAUUUUUACUCUAGUGUUUAUAUCUUCUCAUAAAAAAACAACAUGUGAAAAUGGCAUCAUGUAUCUCUAUUGUAUUUUUCAUUCAAAAAUCUCAAACAGGUGAGUGUAAUCCAGUCUUUAGGUUAUAGGACCAAAGACUCUCAAAGAGUGUUACAAACCCCCGGACAAUGUCCCUAAGGGCUGGACUUUGCAUGUGGAUUACCGAGUUAACUGAGAGAUGUGUAAUAUCAUCUGUAGUCAGAAAACUCCCUACUCCCUAUAUGGGGCAACCAAGGACAUUCAUAUGUGUUGCUUAUUCUUGAAAGUAUAUGGGAUAAAUGGGCUCCUGAUAUGCUAGUUUCAGAAUAACUAUGGCAGGACCUUAAAAUUUCCCACUUUCCAUAAGACCGUGGCUCAUAUUCAAUUACUGGAAGGAUAAACAUGUAAGAUUUUUAACUCUGCCUUACUAGUUCUUUUAGAGGAGCAUAGCCCCUUGAUGAAGGCAUUGUUCUAAGCCAAAUCUGGAC